UCAUCAACUCCAUAUUGUGGAAAGAAACAAGUGCGCGCGCAUGCGCGAGCCUAUGAUGACGCGAAAAACGUCAGAACUAUAUAAACCGAGUCCCACCCUUUCUAGAGCAUUCCUGGAUUUGUCUGAGGUCUGAGUCAGUCUCAGUGAAGAUCUGGCGUCGAGGAUUUUUCAACUGUGUGCGAAGAUCAAAGCCCAAAAAACCCAUUUUUUCUACUCGAGUAACGGACAUUCGCUUACUACUUUUUUGCUCCAGAUUGUUCAAGAAGGAAAAGCUCAAUUUCAGCCACUACAAUCCCGCCCAUUAUGCCAUUUUUCAGCCAAUAAUGCUAAAGUCAUGACAGUUUACGUUCUCUUAAACUGUUAAAAAGCUGAAAAUUGUUGCUGUUAAGCACAAUAUAUUAAUAGCAACCCGAGACGCAGAGGAGAGGUAUUAAUAGUAAGUGUUCUUUCAAACCAAUUUGAAUCGAAACUACGUAACAGUUGAGCAGUUGUCUGUGUUGAAAAUGAUUCCAGAUAUAAAUAGAGAUUAAAAGUUCCGAGCGUGGCGACCUAAAUGCGCCACGGUUUCUAGAAGCAGACAGCAUGCUGAGAUAAAGCGAGACUAGUGUAUGAGCUCACACCGCAAAGCCGAGCAGCAGCUUCAACGCCCUGCUCCUCUUUGUGUGUGAGACGGAGCAAUCCUAAUCAUUAUUAAAGUAACGAUAAACCAUCGAAUAAUAAGCAAUCUGUACAUAAAGAUUGCCAUAGGCAGAGUCAGGAAGUGACAGUAUUCAAUUGGGGCUUUUUAUAAACUGCAUUCUUUUCAGAGGAGAGCUCACUGGAACAAUCAACGCAAUCUGCACAUAAAGAUUGCCAAGUGCGCCUGUGGAUUUAGCCGAACAGAGAGAAAAAAAAGACUUGAAAUGCAACAUUUUGUUCAUAAUAAUGUCGUUAAUUGUUAUUAGUUUGCGGAACUUGAUACCCGUUGAGCUAGUUGAAAUAAACCUCCCUAGGCAAUUAUAAAAUGCAUAGCAGUCUGACUAUAAAGAUUGCAUUUUGUUUUGGUUUGUGUGCUUAACGAGUGCGUAGAUAGGGUAUUAUUUGUCUUGUCGACUUUGCUUAAAAAUGGCGGACGGGUUGUCCUUUGCUCGGAUCACUCGAGGCAAUGGUGGCUUUGUUUUUCUGACUGGAUCUACGGGAAACGCUGUAGCUCGGAACGGCUGUCCCGCGUCGCCAUCAUCCCCAUAUACAGCUCGAGGUAUCGUCUUAAUAUCCGUGAGUCGUUAGCGGGGUAAAUAUAGUAGCACUUUGUAACCGAGCAAGACAAAUGCCAGGCGGGGGUUGUGUUUUUAAAAACUUGUUGGAAUUCAAAGAUGGCGACCGGGCAACCGUUCACGAAGACAAGCGGUUAAAGAUAGUGGGCGUGGUUUACCGCAGACUUCAGCCAAUCAGAGGAGCCGCUGUCAGCUGCUAUAUGAGAGGGAGACUUCGACAGAUGGCGAAUCAAAUCCUCAUGUGGCCACUAUUGAGCAGAUGCAGAAAUUCAUAUUGCUGGCCUUUAGUCAGAACAACACUAGAUGCUUUGUGUUGACGAGUUACAACACAAAACCAUCGUGCUAUUUGCUUAAAGAUGCCAGCUGUUUAUGUUACUCCCGAUUAAAAAGUGAAAGUAGGUGACAUGGUGUUGAACUUGAUCUGCAGUCUUAUACAGGACAGGGUGUAAUGUUACUGUAAGAGUUAAAACUAAAUGUUUCUUCACCUCUGCAUCCCAUCAGAAACCUGACAGAUACACUGUUAUAAUAUUUUCUCUCCAGUGAAUGUACAGUCUUGUUGACUUGUUCUUGUUUGUUAUGACCACUGUGACGUUUCCAGGAAUUGUGUGUAUUGUUCCGUGUUUAAGGAGCUCGGUUGUGACUAUAAAAAGUUCUUCAACAACAGUGUUGCGGUAAGGAGCUAUGGCCGUGGGCCCGGUGGACCCCAGGGAGGUGCUGAAAGGAGUUGAAGCUCUGCUUGGGAAAGAUGGAGAGCUACGAAGCCUUGAGGGAGUUGCUAAAGUCUUUAGUCUCAUGAAGGCCUCGCAUAAAAUGGUCAGCAGAUGCAUGUAUCUGAACAUCUUACUGCAGACAAAGUCACAUGAUGUACUUAAUCGGUUUAUCCGAGUUGGAGGCUACAAGUUGUUGAACUCUUGGCUCACCUACUCAAAGACCACCACUAACACCCCCCUGCUGCAGCUCAUACUGCUCACCCUGCAGAAACUCCCCCUGACUGUGGACCACCUCAAACAGAACAACACAGCCAAGCUGGUGAAACAUCUGAGCAAGAGCGGCGAGACAGAAGAGCUGAGGAAGCUGGCGUCAGUGCUGGUGGAAGGCUGGAUGGCUAUUAUCCGUUCUCAGAGUGUCUCUAGUGGAGCUUCACCCAAUGACAAGAAACGGAAAAAGGAGGAUGGAAAAGUGCGUCCAGAGGUGAAGCCCCGAGAAAAAGGAGCAGAGGAGGAGAAGAAAGACAAACCAAAAGCUUAUGCCCCAAGUCAUGCAAAGAUCCGCUCUACAGGUUUGGAGGAGAGUCCAGCUCCAGUUCCUGUAAAGAAACCCCCCCCUGCACCACAACUUGGAGACAAAUACAACAUUAAGCCUGCUCUUCUCAAAAGACCAAGCACAUCGCUGACUGACGCACCACCAGUGGAGAAGAAGUACAAGCCCCUUAACACCACCCCCAACUCUGCCAAAGAGAUCAAAGUCAAACUUAUACCCCCACAGCCGAUGGAAGCCACUGGAUUUUUGGAUGCCCUCAACUCCGCUCCAGUACCUGGCAUCAAGAUCAAGAAAAAGAAAUCAAAAGCAGUUUCCCCUACCACUAACAAGCCCUGUCCAUUUGACAACAGGCCGCAGUCGUACUCGGGCACACAGGCCAAACCGUCUUCCCCUGAGACGCCCUCAUCUCAGACUCCCCCUCAUGAGAACCAAGAUCUGGAGCAGCCUGGCACACCCGUGCCCACCGAGGACCCUGAUGCCAUGGAAACCGGUGAUAAACCCAAUGCUCUGGCUGAACCUCGCGGUGAGGAGGAGAGUCUGACUAAGAAAGGAAAGAAAAAGAAAAGCGUUCGGUGGGCGGAAGAGGAUCAUCUCAAAGAGUACUUCUACUUUGACCUGGAUGAGACAGAAAGAGUGAACGUUAAUAAAAUUAAGGACUUCGGUGAGGCGGCCAAACGGGAGCUGAUGAUGGACAGGCAGACGUUUGAAAUGGCUCGUCGUCAUUCUCACGACACCAUGGAGGAGAGGGUGACCUGGACUCCUCCACGACCUUUGACCCUCAUAGGCAGCCUGGUCAUUCCUGGUUCCAGCAGCAGAGAGAAGAUGACCCAGAGAGACCGAGAGAUGGGCAUUCUGCAGGAGAUCUUCCUCAGCAAAGAGAGUGUUCCAGACAGUCCUCAUGAACCCGACCCUGAGCCGUAUGAGCCCAUGCCUCCUCGUCUCAUCCCACUGGAUGAGGACAGCAGUAUGGAGGAGAAUUACAUGGAGCCGGCUGACGCUGCUGCCUCCGGCGGCUCUUCAGGCUCUAAUGAAAGCUCCAAGCUGCCUCCUGUUCUAGCUAACCUCAUGGGAAGUCUGGGCAACAGCGGCCGCAGCCCUCAGGCGCAAGGCAACGCCCCACCAGUCAGUAAUAACCCCGCUGUUAAUGUGCAGGAACUGCUCUCAUCUAUCAUGGGUGCUCAGGGAUCUAACCAGUCUCCAGAGGACCUGAUCAAACAGCCUGAUUUCUCAGAUAAGAUCAAGCAGCUUUUGGGCUCUCUGCAACAAAACCAGAACCAGAAUCAGAAUCAGAACCAACCUGCCAAUGCUCCACCAAUGAACACGGGUCUGCUUGGCCAUGGCCCCGGCAUGAACAACAUGCCAAUGCCCAUGAAUGGUGGUUUCCCUCCAAACAAGCCCCCUGGACCACAUUUCAACCAUCCUCCUCCUCCCCACGGCCACGGCCCACCCUUCAACGCCGGUGGUCCACGCAUGAUGGGUCCUCCACCUGGUCCACAGGGCCGCGGGGCGGACAACGGCAACUACUGGGGCGACGACUCCAUGAGAGGAGGCCCACACCGGGGAGGACACUUCCACCGGGGGAGAGGGAGAGGAGGAGACCCGGGCUUCAGAGGACGAGGGGGACGCGGAGGACCACGUGGGGGACACAACAACAUGGGCGACAUGUCAAAGAGGCCGGUGUGUCGCCACUUCAUGAUGAAGGGAAAUUGUCGGUAUGAAAAUAACUGUGCCUUUUACCACCCCGGUGUAAACGGCCCACCGCUUCCUCCCCAGCACGGACACUAACACACCGAAAACUGCUGUUCCUUGAACUCACCACUAGUGGGCAACAGGACUCAAAAUGAGCCUCCUGGACAGAAACUGAAACUCUGCUUCCUCCAACUGUACAGUUGCUUCAUUGGAUCUGAACGUUAAUAUUUCUUCUCCAUUUUACACUACUUUCCCUCAUCUGGAAAGCUGUGGGAAGAUCUGAGAUCCUCUAUGAAGAGACUACCUGUAAAUAGUGAUUCCUGGAUAUGUAUAUUUUUAUUGCGAUUCUGUGUACCACUGACCUGACUGCUAAAGAUUGUACUACAUAACUCUGGAACCACUAGGACACGAUGUAAAUAACUGUCUUCAGCCAGUGGCGAACAGUUCCUUAAGCUCCUCCUGGUGGCAAAAACCCAAGAUACUGGAUGUGCAGUUCUCUAAAUUAUAAUUCACACGUCACUCAUUCUUUGAAAUCAAUGAAAUCGACGCUUUGAAAAGUUGUUACAGCACAGAACUUUUAUUUGAAGAUUUUCUGGUUGAAUUCAGACCCUCUGCUGUUGUACUGUUUGAUGUUUUAUUUUCAGGUUUCUAUCGAAGAGCUUCUAUGAAAUGUGUAGUUGCCUCACACACAGUCCUCGUUUUUUCAGUCCACGAUUUUUAGUUUCAAAAAGAUACUCCGCAGCACUGAAAUGUAUUCAUGAAUUGGCAUUAUGUUCACUUUUUGCCCCGAAUUGGAAAUACUAUGUACGCAAGGGGUUAAUACUAUUCAGAAGAUCUACCUUUUGCAUUUUUGAAGUCCCACUGAAUACUUGAAUCGAUACUUUGUGAUGGAAAGCGAUCCUAGCCUGCUAAAAAAACAUCAGCUGUUGUUCUGUGUAGUGUGACAAUCAGGAGAAUUCGUGAUGUUGAUGCUGUGGCUUGAUUUGCUGUGCGUUCAUGUUCUCGGACCCGUGUGGGUCUGUCCUGCUCUAUCAGUGUUCAGCUGAGCCUAACCCAGGCUACAAACCACUAUCAUCAAGGCCAGACGUAUUCAGGUGUUUUCUGUGAAAACAGUGGCCAUUGUCUCUUGUGGGACUCGAUUUUCUUUUUCUUUGUUGGAUUUGCUAUUUUGCCAUGAUUUUAUUUUGAUACAAGUCUGAUGAUUUUGCUUUUCUAUUGUUGUCGGAGAGAUGUCUAUGUGUCAGAGCGCCACAUAAACACAAUAAAAGGCACAUUCAGAAAUGUAAGGUGUUUUUCUACUUGUGAAUUAAUAAAGGUUUUCUUUCAAAUUAA